CGAACAAAAAAAAACACGAAGAUCCAAGGGAGGAGAAAGGAACUGUAAUGAGAAUGGGAGGGACGCAGAGGGGGAAGGAGCUCAGACCUCCUCGAAAUGUGAAACGGUGAUUACCGAAACCGAAAAAGUGAAAGGAAGAAACAAUAAGAGAAAAUUAAACCGAUAAGCGGUGUAUCCAGAGGAUCUAAUGCGCCAUCUAUGAAACGGAAGGGAUCUGGUGGAAAUCCACGCUGGUGAGCUCGGAUAACUGAGGGUGAAACAAAAAAACUCCCUCUAGUGAUGGGUAACUUCUCGAUUGAUGAUGCCUUUGAGAUGUCUAUUGAGGAUACAGGACCAAGGUUUGGGGCUCUGCACUUUAAUGGGGACAUUGAUGCCCAGCAGAACACGCAUAAAUACAAGAAUUUGGAGAAUGAUGAUGAUUUAGAUCAUAUGAAGGUCAAGGACACAGAAAGGGGACUUCCUACCCUCUCUUCUCGGAGUUCCCAGUGCUCAUUCAGCACCCUCAGUAACAGCACGCAACUGUCCAGCCAAGAAUGCUUCAGCUGGACCAGACAUCCUCUCGUUAAAAAGAACAAAAAAGUUGUUAUCUCCUCUUUUCUUCUGCUGCUUUUAGGUCUUGUGUUUGUGUUUGUUGGUGUGGGAUUGCAGGUUAGCCCAUCACCAGCUAUUUCAAGUGCCAUCUUCUUUGUACCUGGACUUCUCCUCUUGAUCCCUGGAGUUUACCACGUCAUAUUUAUAUAUUGUGCUGUGCGAGGCAGACAUGGAUUCCAGUUAUUCUACCUCCCGUAUUUUGACAAGUGAUCUAAUUGCAAACUUUCCUGUUACUCAUUUCCUCUAACCUGGGGACCUCAUAACACUGAAUGCCAAAACACUAUGGAAACCACUAGGACUGUAACAUUGAAAACAACAGAUCUCCAUGAAGCUGUCUCCUGCUGGUGUAUGAAUCAGCCAUGAGAAGACAUCUUCAUUCGAGGUCUUGAUCACCAAUAAGGAUGCACAGCUGUGAUGCAAUUAACCACUGUGACUGAUAUUUUUGCAUACGGCACAAUGAGGCCUUGUGAAUUUUAGACUGUUGCACAUUUUUUAUGUAAUUAAAUGAACUACAUUUUA